GUAUGUCAUGCAAUGUCAUGUCUGAGACCCUUGUCUUUUAGCAGAUUUUAACUCACUCAUCAUGCGUGAAAUUGUACAUCUACAAAUCGGACAGUGUGGAAAUCAGAUUGGAUCUAAGUUUUGGGAGGUAAUCAGCGAGGAACAUGGAAUUAAUGCUAUAGGAAUGUAUGAAGGGGAUGAUCCUCUUCAGCUGGAGAGGCUCAAUGUUUACUUCAAUGAGGCUAAUGGUGGCAAAUAUGUCCCUCGUGGACUGCUUAUUGACCUGGAGCCAGGGACCAUGGACAGUGUCAGAGGCAGCCGCAUAGGAUCCCUCUUCAGGCCAGAUAACUUUAUCCAUGGAAGCUCUGGUGCUGGUAACAACUGGGCUAAGGGCCACUACACAGAGGGAGCUGAGCUGGUUGACACUGUGAUGGACAGGGUACGACAAGAGAGCGAGGGCUGCGACUGCCUACAGGGCUUCCAGUUUGUUCACUCCCUUGGUGGCGGGACGGGCUCCGGCAUGGGCACACUAAUCAUCAACAAGAUCCGGGAGGAGUACCCAGACCGCAUCAUGACCAGCUUCAGUGUCAUGCCCUCACCCAAGGUCUCAGACACUGUGGUAGAACCAUACAACGCAACUCUGUCUAUACACCAACUCCUAGAGAACACGGAUGAGACCUUCUGCAUUGACAACGAGGCUCUCUACGACAUCUGCUUCCGUACACUGAAGCUCACCACCCCGACAUAUGGUGACUUGAACCACCUAGUGUGCAUGACCAUGAGUGGAGUUACGACGUCCCUGAGGUUCCCAGGCCAGCUCAACGCAGACCUCCGCAAACUGGCUGUCAACAUGGUGCCUUUUCCUCGUCUCCACUUCUUCAUGUCCGGCUUUGCCCCACUAACUGCGCGUGGCAGCCAGAAGUACCGCACACUCUCAGUGCCUGAGCUCACCCAGCAGAUGUUUGAUGCCCGCAAUAUGAUGACCGCCUGCGAUCCCCGUAGAGGGCGCUAUCUCACGGUGGCCGGAAUGUUCAGAGGCAAAAUGUCCACCAGGCAAGUGGAUGAGCAGAUGUUGAUGAUACAGCAGAGAAACAGCAACUACUUUGUGGACUGGAUCCCACAUAACGUGAAAGUAGCCGUCUGCGAUAUUCCUCCUCGAGGCCUCACAAUGGCCUCUACCUUCAUUGGUAACAACACAGCCAUUCAGGAGAUCUUUCGACGUGUCGGAGACCAGUUCUCACUCAUGUUCAGGCGUAAAGCCUUCCUGCAUUGGUACACCGGAGAAGGCAUGGAUGAGUUGGAGUUCACUGAAGCAGAGAGUAACCUAAAUGACCUGGUGUCUGAAUACCAGCAGUAUCAGGAUGCAACGGCAGACAUGGAGGACUGGGGGAUCGAGGAAGGGGUUGAGGAAGAGGGACCAGCUAUGAAACAAGUUCAGGGUCAACCUAGGACAGAGGUUACAAAAAUGGAGACUGUGACUGAGACAGUUGAAAGUUUGGUUCAAUAAAUAUUGAAGUAGAAUUGCAUGGAAGAUUCAUGUUGUAAUUUCUCGGUUCUGAGCAGCAGGACUACAAUUUCUCAUGAUCAUGUAACCAGGUCAGGAAAAACUCUGGGCCUUGUCUCAACAGAAACUUUAGCUCAGAUGAUAUGCUGUACCGAUGUAUGCUUUUAAGAAAUGUAAUAGUGUGUAUACAGUUUAACCUCUAAAAACAUAUAUAUAUAUAUAUAUAGUUAGGUACACAAUACAGGCUUGAUUGAGGGAUGCUUUUAGACAUUAAACUGUUGGGGAAGAGGGAAAUGAUAUUAUCCAACACCUGCUAGAUACAAUACAUGAACAAGAUAACAUUUUCCACAACGUAUUGACAAUGUAUGAAAAGUUUAUGUAGCUUACUUAAAAUAAAAGGCUGUAACCUUUG